AUGGCUUCAGCGAACCUGGAUUCAGAGGCGGCUUUCUUGGAUAGAGCUACGAAGAUUGGCCUCACCGAAGAGACCAUCCAGGGCCUAGUGGACAAUGGUUACACCACGUUCGGGCGCUUGGCUUUCGCUGUGUCGGCGACGCCUACCACCUUGACUGAUGAGGCUGUGGACGCGUGGAUCAACGGUCUUGGCAUCAGUCCCACCGGCUACCAGAAGGCGAGCCUGCGCCGCCUUCUCUUCGAUGGCGUCAGCAUGGCCAUUGAGGAGGUCAAGUCACGGAUCGAGCCCGGGGUGGAAGGACAUCCGAAGAAGUUAGCAGCUGCCGAGCGCAUGGACAGGCAGGCUCGCCAGGAGAGGACUCUGGGCGGCUUGGUCUUCACUCCUGAGACCCGGCCGGCGAACUCAUGCGUGGACCUUUGUGUUGAGAUGCUGGAGUCAGGCGUUUUGCAAUAUCAUCCUCCUAGCAAGUGGAUCAGCCGAGCUCAGGAAGCCCAGUGCCUCAAGCGCGACAGUAGCGUCAAUCUUGCAGCUGAUCAUAGCUUGAAGGUGACUAUGAAGCCACAUGAGCUCGCGUGCGACGUGGCUUCAGAGAUGCGCCUUCGGCAAGCUUGGAGCAGAAGGUCGCUGGCUUUCGACAUGGCUAAUCUCGCUUCUUUUCGUGUGCUGGAGGAGCAUGUUCAGUUCCUGUUCUCAGUUUUGCAGCGGGUUCAGCCAAAGGGAUUUGCAGGAGUUCAGUUGUCACAGAUCAUCGAGGCCGACAAGCAGCUGUUCAUUCUUGCAAGUAAUAACUUGAUGGGCAGGUUGACAGCACCUGCGGGCACAGAUCCAGUUCUUGAUGCCGAGAUCACCCGCCUUUCACGUAGUCCUGAGAUCAUGCAAUACUUGGCCCCCUUGCCGAAUCCUCCGCCACACCAGUUCCUGCAUGGGGGCAAGCCAGGGGACAAGGGAGGAAAGGGCGCUGGCAAGGAGAAAAAGGGGAAAGGCGCUGGCAAGACGCUUGAUCUUCCCGAGGGGUGUGUAACGAAGGACGAUGCCAACCGUCCGCUGUGCUUUGCAUACAACACGCAUGGGUGCAAGAACAAGUGCAAGAAUGGCAGGUGCCUCAAAGGGGUGAAUUGUGGCGCACUGGAAACUGGGGAUCUGUCCUUAGUGGAUCCUGAGGUUUGGGCACAAACGCGUUUGAAGAGUGCUGCACAGAUCUCGGAGUCCGACCUUCAGUCGCUCUUUGGUUUGCUUCCGAAGGAUGAGGUGCGAGGAGGUUCGCGUGAAGUUCGUAGUGCUUUCGUGACUGGUUGCUAUGCCCAGGGAGGUUUUCGGGGGUUGCGCAAGGAGUGUCACAAUUUUCCGCUUGCAAGCCGAAUUAUGACCCGCUUCGUCCAGGAUGGGCGCAACGCACCUUGGCCCAAUGCCUUGUUCCGAGUCACAGACUUCAAGGGCGGCGGAUUGUGGAUAGAGGGACCAGGAUUCCUGCUGCCACCGGAGCUUCCCAUCCCGCUUGAGACAUCACAAACACUUUCUAGGCCUCCCUGCGCCUUUGAGUUGUUUGCUGGGAAGGGUUCGUUGUCCCGUGCCUUGCGCCAGGCAGGCUUUCACGUGCAUAGCUUUGACCAUCACCAUUGUGACUCCUGUGUGCCUGUAGCUCAACUUGACCUGUCCUCUGAAGUAGGGCAGAGCCUUUUCUGGGAUCUGAUGAAGAAACAUCCUCCGUUCCUCGUGCAUCUUGGUUUGCCGUGUGGGACAAGCAGCAAGGCGCGAGGCAGACCUUUGCCAAAUGGAGAGAAGGGGCCGUCUCCCCUGCGCAGCCGCGAAUUCCCGCUGGGGCUGCCCAGCUUACAGCCUGGCUCUGUGGACUCUUGUCGAGUUGACACUGCCAAUCGGCUCUAUGCUUUCGGCUAUAGAGUGCUCAGAUAUUGUCUGGACAAUCGCAUCAUAGUUUGCAUUGAGAACCCGCGCAAUAGUUUCUUGUGGGAGAUUCUUGCGGCGUUCGAGCCGUCUGAGCCCCGUCAUCGCCUCCUGCCCCGUCUUUCUGAGGUGUGCUUUGAUCAAUGCUGCCAUGGGGGCUCCAGGCCCAAAGGAACCAAGCUGCUGUGCUCCCCCAAGUGCUUUGAGUCGCUCCGGGCAUCCUGCCCGGGAAAUCACCUUCACAAGCCGUGGGGCAGGAUCGUCGACUGCGGGAGUGUGCGUUUUGCAACCAAGGAUGAGGCCGCGUAUCCUUGUAUCCUUGCACAGAGGUAUUCUCUCUGCGUGGCCCAGCGGGCGCUAGCGGCGGGUUUUUCGUUGAUCCCCCAACCCACCGCGCGGAGUCAAGCUUUGCAGUUCGCCGGCAGACAGCACCGCAGACAUGCUCCUCUCGUGUCAGAGUUCUGCCAGGUCACGUGGAUGCCUCGGCAGUCUUUUGCCCCUUUGCCUCACCUGAAGCUUCUGCGCAGUUCGAUAGGGGGUGUUCUGGCGCAGCAGGACCUAGGCAUCCGUCAGGGAGGGACCAUCCCUGGAGCCCCGCUCUCCCCUGGCACCGUUCAGGGAGGGACCAUCUCUGAGGCUCCUGAGCCCCCGGGUUCCCCUAGCACCCUUCAGGGAGGGACCAUCCCUGAAGCCCCCGGUUCCACUAGCACCCUUCAGGGAGGGACCAUCCCUGGAGCCCCGAUUUUGUCAGGCGCUGUUCAGGGAGGGAGCAUCCCGGAGACCUCAGCCUUUUCGUCGCUUGAGCCUGGAACUCCUAGUGGCUCGCCUUUGCAGGAUGGUUGUGAGGAUUGGGUUCAAGUGGGGGUUCUUAGGAGUCCUUCUGAGUUUGUGGAUGAGGCGAAGAAGGUGCCGCGCCCAAUGGAUUCUGCCAAUCCUUUGGAGGCUGUGACGCUCGCAGCCUUGAGGGAGAACCUCACCAAGGACCCGAAGCUGGUGGAGUUGAAGCGUCGGCUUGCUCUGGCCAGGGUGAGACGAGAGGUGGACAGAUUCCGAGCUGAGGAGAGGGCGCUUCACAAAUCAAUGCCACGCUCGGUGGCCAAGGUCAUGGAGGGCAAGGCCAUCCUUGCCCUUGAGGCUUUGUUGCAGUCGGAGGGAUAUGACGACAUGGGAGCCAUCAAAUUCCUUAAGGAGGGGGUGCCUUUGGUGGGGGUAUCAGAGUGCCCUCCGUGCUUCGACUACAAGCUUGUGCCCGCGGCCUUGACUGAAGCCGAACUCUUCCAGACUGCACAGGUCAGACGGGAGGCGCUUUUGAGCAAGUCCGAGCCGAUUGAUGCUGAGGAGGCAAGAGUCUUGGCGGAGGCAUCUCAAGAGGAGGACUGGACGGUGAUACGCCGCUUCGUCAUUUUCCAGGGUGCUGAGGGCAAAGCACGCCCAAUCGACAACUGCCUCGAGGCCCAGCUGAACUCGGGGUACACAUCGAGCAUCCACUUGCGUUUGCAAGACGGUGACUACCUGGCCGCCAUGGCCCUGUUCGUGGCCCGCGAGAUCCACGAGGGCAGGGCGCACCCCGAGGCGAAGGAGUGGCACGGCAAGUGCCUUGACUUGAGCAAAGCGUAUAAACAGCUUGCAGUUCUGCCAGCCCACCGGCCUCUGGCAGUCAUAGCAGUGCGGCAAGAAGAUGGGCGCGACGCCCUGUACCUGUCAAAUAGCUUGCUUUUUGGCAGCACCGCAGCAGUGUAUGCCUUUAACCGGGUGAGCCGUUGCUUGUGGUUCUUGAUCAAUCGACUGCUCUGGAUUCCUUCCGGGGUGUACUUCGACGACUACCCCCUGCUGUGUCCAGCGGCCACGGCCGACAGUGCUGACUCGGUUGUGAGCGACUUCUUGGAUUGCCUGGGGUGGCGUCACGCCAAGACGGGUGUGAAGGGUCGUGCUUUUGCUCCAAGCUUUGACGUCUUGGGGAUGACCUUGGGCCUGGACAGGGUAGCCCAAGGAGAGGUGAGCCUUGCCAACAAGCAGGGUCGCAUCGAGCGCAUUGUGGCCCAGCUUCGGGAGGUUGGUUCUAGGGGUGAGAUUAGCAGGCAGCUUGCCCAGGUCCUGCAGGGUUUGUUGCAAUACGCUUCGGGCUUUUACGCUGGCAGGGCUUUGAAACACGCCUCACAUGUGCUCUCGCGCAUAGUGGGUGGCUUACACUUCAGCCCUCUUGACCUCCGAGAUUUUUGCCAUCACACCAUCCGCCUUUUGCAGGACGAGACCCCGCGCAUUUUGAAGUGCUUCAUGACAACCGAUGUCCUUCACCUUUGGACGGAUGGCUCCUGGGAGGGCCGUGUCCCGUCAAGGGUGCUUGAGCUGUGGAAGUCAGAGAUCGGCGGGGAUCAGCUGAUUUGCGAAAUCGAAAUGUUCGCGAUUCUUGCAUCCAUGAUGGAAUUGAGUUCCAUCCUGGAGUCCCGAAGAGUGGUGUGGUGGGUGGACAACAACGCCACCCGCAGCCUCGUGAUAAAGGGGGCCAGCAGAAGCUGGGCCAUGCAUUCUCUUGCCCGAAUCUUCUCUCAGUUGGACCAGGAGCAUCCAUCCAUGUGGUGGGUAUCACGAGUGCCUUCCUUUUCGAACCCAGGUGAUGCGCCAUCGCGAGGUCACGGCAUUGAGGUCGUGACGAUGGUGGGAGCAUCUGAAGUCCAACCCUUCUCCCGCUUGGAAGAGCUGGCGAAGAGGAUUUUCGAGCUCAAGCGAGCCUGA